CUCCAGUACUUGCUUUCGCUCGGCUUGUUCCUCAAUGACUAAGGAGGGCUUCAGCCCAGAGUACACCAGGUUCCGGCUUCUAGACGCCCUCUACGCUGGUUUUCUUACAUGCGUGGUGUCCUCUAUUCAAUUCAUACCCAUUACUAAGAAUCACUUUCAGGCUCAGCUAUUGGCCCUCGCGACGGUUUGGGCGGCUAUUGCAAGCACGCUAGACUAUCACAAGGCCAUUACUGAUUCGUGGAAGAUCUACUUGGGGAGUCUUAUGGGUGGCACCGUCGCAGUCAUCGGGGCUGCCGUUGUCGUUGCGUGCAACGGCGGGAAGUACAACCCUCUGUGGGGUAGUCUGUUCGCGUUGCCGUUUUGCUUCCUGGGAUCCUGUAUGUACGUUGGAAAGAUGUCGGAGGCUUUAUCGUGGGUGAGCUUCGUGGUUAGGCUAUACAGUGUCGCGACUUUCGCAGGGGAGUCCCUUCCCUUCAAGAAGAUGGUUUUUACUGUGGUCAUGGGUUUCAUAGCUGACAUUAUACCGGUUUUGGUGACGGGUGGUCUGCAUGCUCUGGGGCUGCUGCCACGGAAAGGGCCGCCACCGUUUGACGCCUUCGAGGUGGCGAUCCGAGACUUUGUGGAGGCCAGUGUUAUCUUUGGAAUGGAAGUUGGUGAUCAUAAGAAGGACCUGACUCGGCGACAAAGGGCAAUGCAUGGUGCGAUGAGCGCGGCUCUACCAACAGCUAGUCGAAGCUUGCAGCUGAUCAUGUUCAGAAUGACGGCAGCGCUGGAUGGCUUCAACACAACGUGUUCGGUUGGACGAAUUGACUCAACGAUUAGUCGAGAACUGUGGCAGCCACUACAGGUGGAUCUACGCUUGCUCUGUUCGAGAGCAUGUUGCGCCCUGGACGGCACUCCCAAGGGCUUGGAGGAGGCACGGAGGCUCCGGGUAGAGAGUACAGCAGUGAAGAGACGGAUAAAGCAGAUGUUGAUCUCCUAUACUAAGAGGCUGGUUAAGCAUGAGGGAUGGCAGUGGUUGGUGACGGGAAGGGAGCUUUCGAGAGUCGAGGCCGCUUUGGUGGCGAUACCACACUUCGCUGAAGCAGUGGCAAACUACUGUGAAGAGAAGCCGGGAGGUAUACGGAGAAUUAGACGCAGGGAUUAUAAAUAUCCUUCUCUGGCGGUGCAUGGUUGGUGGGUCGUAUUAGUAGCUGUGAUAUGCUCCUUCCCUGAAGUGGGGCCUACGAUAAGCAAGGCCCUCAGAAGGCUUGCGGGGGUUGUUGUUGGCGGCAUAUUGGCGGUGUUGGCCAUCGAAGCGAACCCGGGUAACGUGGUGGCGUUGAUGUUAGAGCUCUUUAUUGUCACGUGCGCCGCAAGGUUCUAUACGGGGUCGGCCAAGCUUGGGUAUGCUGGUUUGCAAAUGGGAGUCACGUUUGCCAUCAUGGGCUUCGCUGAUAGCAUAGCGGUGUCGCUGACUCAAACACGGAGAGAAAUUUUCGCCGCGGAAAGAUUCCUUUUUACCCUGACUGGCCUCAUCGGGUCGGCGGUGAUCCAAGUCGUGGCUUGGCCAUCGUUUUCUUCACGGUCACUUGCUCGUGCAACAGCAGCUGAGUUGAAGGAGAUAUCCACGGUGGUUUCGACGGGCAUAUUGGAACUACUGUUGCGGCAGCCGGAUGACAGGGUCAGCGCUGGAGGGGAAAAUGGGAGCGACGCCGAACUCAAAUUACUGAGUCUAGACGAGGAAAGACGUGGGAAAGUUGCUUCAGUGCGAGAAGAGGUUGCAUUCUUCCGUAUGCUGAAGAUUGAGACUUGUAGUGGUAGUGUUAGUGGAAGGAAACUGCUGGCCGGCCAGGAAGCAAUAGGGCGGGCGCGCACGAGCGCCAUCACGGCUUAUGAGGGGCUCAAGGCGUGCGGUGUCCAUAUGAGCAGUUUCGCGGCUAGUGUGCUUCUACUUCCAGUACGGUCGCGACUCUCAGAGCUGGCGGAGGCUUGUGAAGUGUCGGGGCAGCGGUUGUCCAGAGUAGUGGUGGAGGCCUCUUCGAUAGAUGAAGCUCGUCGAGCAUGCCAAGAGAUCGUGGAUGCAACCAUGGCACUGAUUGCCACUUUCGAGGGAAUUCGUAUGGAACUACUCUCCCAGCAAAUGUGGUCAAGCAGGGCGGAAGAUGAGGACAUUUCUUCGACAGCGAUGGUGGAGGCUCUUGCAUACGGCGGUGGGCUUGGACUACAUAUAGUUAUACACGUCCUUGAGGCAUUUGUCCGCGACUGGGCAGAUGUCGCGAGAAUACUCCUUGACUGCGAUAUAGGACUCCCACAAAAUUAUCUAAGUCGUUCUGGUCGCCCCGAAGGAAUCCAUGAUAUGAAGUUGGUUAUUGGUCGGAGAACUCUAUCGGCCAUGUGAGCCAGUAGCCUGUAGUCAUUUUUGCACGUUGUUGAUCUACCUUGUCACUGGCUUGACCAGUGUGUAAUUCUCUUUGAUUUUUUCACGUACAUCAAGCGUGUAUGCUUCUUCCUUGAACACG